UAGCGGGACCCAGCUGUCUGUCAAGCUUAAUCACCCACCGUCAUCGCUAAGCCAAGCAAACCCGGCACCUGCGAUUGGCUGGGUGGAUUGGCUACAGGGAAUGCGGAUGUAGUGUUCCUUAUUGAAGGGGUGAAUGCAGACCUGCACGUCACAUCGGGAACACGCACGCCUCGUAUCUUAACAGUGGACAAGCUCGUUGUGGCAGGACAGAGGCCCAUAUAGUACAAGAUGCCUUCAAAACCACCUGACAAAGGUGGGACAGAGACUACAAAAUCAAACCAUACAGCAAGUCAAAACGUGGAGCCUCACAAACCAACAGUGAUAAUAGAGAUUCCAAGAUGGUUGUUUUUCAGCACAUCAGUUCUUGUUGGCAUUAUUUCUAUCAUGAUAGGGAGCUACGUGGCCUAUGUCAAGAUGAGUCCAAGAACACCAAAUACGGACAUUCUCCAUAAUGUUGGCAUAGAAGGUGUGCAGCUGUUUGAACUUCAUGACAGAGAUGGUGAUGGCUACUUGUCAAUUGAAGAAUUUGAGCCAUUCAUAUACAGGCUUCUGGAGUCAAAUGUGACAGGCAUGGUGUAUGAUGUUCCUAUCGAGGAGGAUGAUGAAGUUGUCACCAUCAAGGCCUACUUUGACCCUCUCAGACAGGAGUCAAUGACCAAAGACUUCAAUGAGCAGUUUGGUGGACUAGAUGCAUUCGCUGGCUUGAAGAAUUGGCAUAAGCCCGCCAUUGAAUGGAUGAACUUUGGUGCCCGACAUUUCUCUGUGUUCCUGCCCCCAAACACAGAGACCGUGGCCCUCGGAGACGUGUACUACAUCGUGAACACCCAGUCAUCACUGUUUGGCUCCAUCAUAGGGUCGAGUCUGUCCAGCAACCGCUACUAUCCACCCAAGGUGGCGGACUCUAAUGUUAUGAUUCACAGGCUCCUCACCAUGUUCCAUUCCCGACCAUUUAUCAUAUCUCGCUUCGCCCCGACUGGCAGCGUGGCGUGUGUCAAGGCCAUGAACGACAAGUAUUUUGACAUACAGUUCAGAAUUCACGCAGAGUUCCAGCUGAACGAGCCUCCAUAUCAUCCCUACUGGUAUACGCCAGCUCAGUUCAUGGGGAACAUCAUCAUGGCGCGUGACAGCUCACAUAUCCUCUCCUUCAACCUGGAUGUGCCCACCGACAAGAAACUUAAUGUUGACAUGGAGUGGCUAAAUGGUCCCAAGGAGAACGAGAACAUGGAGGUGGACAUCGGCUUCAUGCCGCUGAUGAAGUUGAACAACACUGCGCCGUCUGAGAAGGUGCGCCACUCCAACAUGCUGCUGAACGACACUAUGAGGGAGGAGAACCCCAACCUGCCCCAACUUGUGUCCAGUGUGGAGUGGAUGUCCGAAAUCUCACUUGAAGACGCUCAAAGAGUGCUUGAAGUCACAUUGUACCCUUUUAAAAAGGUUCCAUAUUACAACUUUACAGAAGCUUUCAAAAGAGCAAAGACAGAGAAAAAGCUAGUGCACUCUAUACUGUUGUGGGGUGCGCUGGACGACCAGAGCUGCUGAGGUUCGGGGCGGACUCUCAGGGAAACGACCUUGGAGAGCCCGCCCGUCACUCAGCUCCUGUCUGAGAAUUUCAUCAGUUCCUGGUCCCUGAUAGCGGAACUAGAGGAGCUGAAGAAGGACUCCAGUGAGCCUGAGGUUGCAAAGAAGGCAGAGGAGUUUCUCACUAACUACAACUUCCCUGUUAUGAUGAUGGUGGUACUGCCGAAUGGCACCAUCAUCAACAAGAUGAAUGCCAAUGAUUUCCUUGACAUGGACACCUCCAUUCUUGAGUCAGGAUUUUCUGAACCGUCAAGCUACAACUAUGUCAAGUUUCUAAAAGAAGGCAUACAGAAAGCAGCAGUGUCUGCAGCAUAAAGCUUCCACAUCCUGCUCUCCUAACAACAUAUCACAGCAAUAAUGUGAAUCUCAGAUGACAGUAUUGACAGGUUAAUGGUAUAGGUUUAUUUAUGGAAUGGGAUGUUAACUUUUAAUAAGAUCCCAAAUUGGUAAAACUGUAUUUAGAUCUUAUGAAAUCAGUCAAGAUCAAUGAAAAAUCAAUAAAUAUUUAAACACAGUUUCAGGUUUACAAUAAAAUGGCAAUACAGUGGGUCAAAUAAGAGGCAGCAUCAAUAAGAAACAGACCCUUGAAUUAAUGUAAGGCAACAUUUCUUAUAUUUCUUGGUUUAUGGAUUUCAAACUCAUUUCAAAAGUGAGGUAGGCAAAUUAAAAACAAAAACCAACAAAAAAACUCGGAUUUAUUUUUGCUUGACUUUUGUUCUAAAAAGUUAGGUACAAAAAAAAUAUAUAUUUGAGUAACAAAAACAAAACAACUCAAUUUUUCAAGAACAUGUAAUUAUAUCCCUGGCACACAGCAUGUGCACAAAUGGCAAUAUAACAAUAUUUAUGUCAUGGUGAAAUGCAUGAAAGACCUCGACAUUUUGGCGGCAUGGGCCACGAUUAAACUGGUCAACACUGCGUUUUGCGUUGACACGCUUUGAUGGUUUUAGAGAAGGAUCCCAGUGAGAAAUAUCUGAGUGACUUCCCUUUGCUUUACACACGUUUUGUUUGUUGUUUGAACUUUUUAUGCAUUUUUUAAAGUAAUUUUUUUCGACGGUAAUAAGAAAAGGAGUACGGUAAUUUGUAUGCAUCCGUAAA